UUCCCCCUUCGGAGCGGCCUCCCCUAAAUUUACCGCGUGACUGGGCUCGCCUUCCCUACGCCAGUAGUGGGAAUGCUGACGCAGUCGCACAGUCGUAUUGCUCUUCCCGGGCAGAAGCCACCGGCUAGUGAAGCGAACCGAUCAGUGAAGGUCGAACAGCGCCGAGGGUCUCGAACAGCAUCGAGUGCGCCAGGUGUGAAUCGGCUCAAGAGGCCUGAGAGAGUGAUCGUGCACAUCACUCCAGGACAACGUGCGCGUGCGGCGGGGGCGCCGGGCGUGGCAUGCGGCCGGGCACGUGGCUGGCGGUGGGGCUGGCGCUGCUGGCCGGCGCGCUGGCCCGCCCCUCCGACGCUGGCCUCCUGGACUGGGCGCGCGCAGACCGCAUCCAGCAGAUCGUCAACAUCCCCUGGCUGCCCUUCGAGAACGAGACGCGAUGCUACGACGAGCUGGGCUGCCUCAACGUCACCCGCGAGUGGUACCACCUCAUCUACCGGCCCUUCAACGUCUUCCCGCUGCCCCGCGAGGUCAUCGACACCAAGUUCGUGCUGUACACGCGGCGCAACCCCAACGAGGGGCAAGUUAUGCGUGCUCGCAGCGACAGUUCCAUCCGCAAAUCGAACUUUGACCCGAAGAAGCCAACCAAAUUCAUCAUCCACGGCUUCAUCGACACGCCUCUUAGCACGUGGGUCAAGGAGAUGCGGAGGGAGCUGGUGAAGCACGGGGACUGGAACGUGAUCGUCGUCGACUGGGCGGGCGGCUCGCUGCCGCUGUACACGCAGGCCACCGCCAACACGCGCCUCGUCGGCCUGGAGCUCGCCCACUUCGUCAACUACCUCCAGAAGCAGUACGGGCUGGACCCGGCGCAGGUGCACAUGAUCGGGCACAGCCUGGGCGCGCACACCGCCGGCUACGCGGGCGAGCGCAUCGACGGGCUGGGCCGCAUCACGGGCCUGGACCCCGCCGAGCCCUACUUCCAGGGCCUGCCGCCCUUCGUGCGCCUCGACCCCUCCGACGCCAACUUCGUCGACGUUAUCCACACCGACGGCAAGUCCAUCUUCUUGCUGGGCUACGGCAUGAGCCAGCCGUGCGGCCACCUCGACUUCUACCCGAACAACGGCAAGGAGCAGCCCGGCUGCGACCUCACCGAGACGCCGCUGCCGCUCACGCUCAUCAAGGAGGGGCUGGAGGAGGCGAGCCGCGUGCUCGUCGCCUGCAACCACAUCCGCGCCAUCAAGCUCUUCACCGACUCCAUCAACGGCGAGUGCCCCUACGUGGCGCACCAGUGCGACUCCUACCAGCGCUUCCUGCAGGGCCGCUGCUUCUCCUGCCACGAGAACGGCAGCAGCUGCGCCAUCAUGGGGCUGCGCGCCGAAGAAUCCUUCUCGCAGGCGCCCAACCGCGCGCCCGGCUCCAAGUUCUUCAUCACCACGGGCAAGGAGUUCCCCUACUGCCACCGGCACUACAGAGUCACUGUAGAACUUGCUCGCCCACCAAAAGCGGAGUCCUGGGUUCAAGGAUUUAUGAAAAUAUCUCUCCAAAGCGAUACUAAUCACGGGCAGACGCGCAGCUUCGUGGUGACGCACCCCACCGACCUGGGCCCCGUGCGCCGCCUCGACUUCUACUGGGAGUACGACAUGGACGUGCUGCAGCCGCGCUCGCUCUGCUUCUUCUGGUGCAACGACCACCUCUACGUGUCGCGCAUCGAGGUCGCCGAGGUGGACAUGUCCCCGCGCAGCAAGCGGGAGCUGGAGGUGACGAGCGCGCUGUGCUCGGCGGGCGGCCGCAACUUCGCCGACAUCGCGUCCCGCGCCUCCGCCUCCUUCUUCGACACGUCGUGCAACAGCAGCAGCUAGCCAGGGGACGCGAGCGAGUCCCGGGGCGGGCGGGCGGCCCCGGCGGCAGCGCUCCUGGCGGCGGCGGUGGCAGCGACGACGCUGGCGGGGGCCGGCGGCGCCCUCGCCCUGCGGGCCCUACCGCGCCGUCUCUCCGCCGACGAAUCUUCCAGACGUCCACCGCGCUCCCAGUGCAGGAGUAAAAUACACAUCUAAAGGAGCAGAAACACGGCGAGAGCAUUAGUGUACGCUCCUGCGAGAACCAAUGCAAUAGGAGUCCUUCGAUUUCCAAAGAAUCGCUCGAAGUUGGCCAGAAAUUAAAUUCGGGAGUCCAGAAAGUUCAAAUUCCAUAAAUUAACUUUAGUGAGGCGUCUGCUCACAAAACUGAUGCCAUUCACACAGGGAUAGAUCUCAAAAGCUGCAUCAAUAACUUUGUAAAAGUUUGAGUAUGAAGUUAAGAAAACAAAAACCAUUUACAUGACUUUUUAAUGAAACUCUUUCUUUAAAAAAAUCAGACACUCAUAUUAUUCAAUGAUUUUAAAGCACAUUACUGUCAUUCCUUACCAAUAUUUUGUUCUUGCUGACCUCAAUAGAUACAAUCUAUUACUAUUUAUUUUACCUUUCUUGAGAAAGUGGUCAUGUCAAUAAUCUUACCUUUAAACACUUGAUCACAGAAUUGGAUUUCCUUCAUUACUAUUUUGAUUCAUUAAUUUAGCUUUCACAUAAUACUGAUAUUUUCUUGGGAUGAUGUUUGUAAUUUGCCAAUUAUCAUAGCAUUGGUUUUCUUUUUCAAUAGUUAUGGGAUAAAGAUAUUUUCUCUUGCCCUUUUUGAAUUUGAAUAUUUGAUGUCUGGAAAAAUUGUCAUGACUGGGUGUUAUUUUAUAUCCUCAGUGUCUGGAGAAAUCCAAGAUGGGUGGAAUCUCAAGGAUCAACUCUAUUGUGUGAUUUUUAUGAUAGUUUUCACUAAGGUGCACUGUGUUUUGCAGAUUUUAUUUCUCAUGAAGCAUCACACACUAAAUAUUAGAGAGCAUGCAUUACACUUAAUAUGCAGAGCUCGAAAAUAAGUGUAAGAACAUGUUUUUUGUUAAUUUUAUGUACCUGAUUUCUGUUCCAUAAAGCAGUAUUUUUUUAGUUUUAUUUAUAGAACUGACAAUGUAGGUCUUAUUAGUGGUUAUACAAUGUAUAUAGUCAGAUCUUUUAUCUCUCAUAUAUGUUUUGAAAAUAUAUACAUACAUAUAAUAUUUUGGAAACAAAUAAAAUUGUAUGAAGUAAGCUUAUAUUUUGUAUAAUGUUUAAUUAAGGAUAGAAUACCAUUUCAAUGACUUGUUUCAUGUGUGAUGCAUGUUGUAAAUUGCCAAUGAAACAGAAAUAUAAUGUAGUGGAAACUAGCCUAUAAAAGAUGCUGUGAAUUCUCUUUAAUUUCACAAAAUUUAUGAAUUGUCUUUACAAGCUGUCCAAUGUAAGAACUAUUUUCUUGGUGACGCAACAACUUCAUAGAAUUAUAUAUGAAUAAAUAAGCAUAAUAUAGGUUUUCUUAAAGAAUAUGGUUCUUUUAAAGAUUUAGUGCAAGUAGUUUUUUAGUUAUUCAAGAAGAGCAACCAUUUAUCAUGGCUGUGUUAUUAGUCAAUUUUGUAAACUCUUACUUUUCUUAAUGAAUAACUAUCACUAUUUUUACUUUUCUUUAUCAUAUUCGAAAGGAUAUGGCUUAAAGGAGAUAAUACAACACUUUAAAGACAUCAACAGUAACUGUAUGCAUUAAUUGUAAACCACUAAAAAUGUAAGACCAAAAUAAAGUACAACUUAAUAUACUAAAUAUUAUAAAACUGAAUAAUUUAUUUAUUAGU